AUGUCUUUUAAGGAAGUCCGAGAUCUUGCUGAACAUUUAAAGUUAUUGGGUUAUCCCCAUACUUUUCCACUGCAAGCCUUGUCUGCAAAUUUUGGCUGUUUAGCUUCUUUUUAUAUAGUGGCUGAAGUUUUACAAUGGUUGGCUGGCUUAUUGGAACCAGGUUCUGUUUUGCCUGGAGGCAUAAUCAGCCAAGAAGAACGUGUUCUACUUAUACGCUCUGCCACCGAGUUUUUUGUUACCAAAUCAGCCAUCAAAUUAAAUCCACGUAAACUUUAUGCUGCCUCUGCGGUAACAGCGGGGGAAUUGCAAAAAAUUACAAGACUUUUAAUAGCCCCCAAUGUCACCGAUGAAAAUCAGGAAGAGGAUGAACAUUAUCGAAGUCUUAAUCAAGUUGAUAUUGGUGAUAAAAUGGAUGAUUUGAGGAGAGCUCGUGAAUUAUCCUCAGAUUUAACACAAAGAGGUGCCACACUGCAUGACUUACUGCUCAAAGAAAUGCAUAAUAAAGAAGCUAGACUGGCUCAGGCCAAUAGACCUAUGGAAUUGGCUUCUGUAGAGAGAAAUUUAAAAAAUGCAGUGGCCUCUUCUCAAGUUAAACUACAAUCGAGUAGAGCCCAAUUGGAAAAUGCACGUGUUGAAUUGAAUGCUCUCAAUUCGAAGUUGCAACGUAAAAAAGCCGAGUUGGAACGUACGAAACAACGUUUGGAGGCAUUGCAGAAAAUACGACCAGCCCAUAUGCAAGAGUUCGAGGAGCAUGAAAAGGAAUUGAAAAAUCUAUUUCAGCAAUAUUUUCUACGUCUGCAUGUAAGGGAUGCUUUGAGGGCACAAUUUGAGACACGCAUCAAGAGAUCACUGCCCAUUGCGUCGCCUUUGUUGCAAAAACCUGCCGAAAAUUCUAUGCCUUUCAUACCAGAGGGACUUUUAGCUGACGACGAUGAAGACUUGGAUGACGAUGAGGCUCAAUUAGAUGCAAACUUUGGUUUUGAACAUGACAUGCUUGAGAAGCGCGACGAUGCCAAAGGUACGGCCAAUAUGAAAAGGCCUGGAACAGCUACUUCACGUAUUCGUCCUACAACUGGAAGAGGACGUACCUCUACGAUUAAGAGCGAUGACAAAGCAAAGGCGGAUCGUUUAGAUUUAGAAGGUGAUAGUUCUUUUGGUAGCUCGGAUAGUGAUUUAGAUAUGGCUGACAUUUUGGGCAUGAAUUCAAACGGUCCUGCGGGUAUUACUGAUUUGAAUGAUUUGGGUGAUGAUGAUGAUGACGAUGAUUUUGGCAUGGAUUCUAUGGACAGUAUAAGUAUUUCGAAAAUUACAGGAGAAUUGAAAGUGAGGCCUAAGACUGCUACCAAGCCAGAUCUUAGUGAUGAAGAUUUUUAA